UUUUGGUCAGCUUGACAGCAGCCUAUUACGCAGCGCUUACCGGACACACGCUCCAUUCAGCCUUGCCUCUUUAUUUACUGGUGUACGCGACUGGCGUUGUGCGUUUGAAGUGGUCUUUUAGGCAGGCAUGUCAGGCUCAACUUCCCCGCCUCCCUCGUCAGAGGCUGUGCGGACCGAGAGUUGUUUCCCCCCCGGAUACAAGCCUUUCAAACCCGAGGAACACGGCCUGGAGCGCGGCUUUCGUCUCACAGCCUUUUCGGAGCUGAAGGGAUGAGGCUGCAAGGUCCCGCAGGAGGCUCUGCUCAAACUCCUGGCGGGACUGGAGCCGGACGGGGCCGACGGGACAGGGAAGGCCAGAGACCAAGCAUCGGAGUUCGGCCAACAGUUGCCCGGCCCCCGGCUCGGUGUAGGAAUGGACUGCUGUGUGAUUCCCCUCAGACAUGGAGGACUCUCACUGGUCCAGACCACGGACUUCUUCUACCCUCUGGUGGAGGAUCCCUACAUGAUGGGCAGGAUAGCGUGUGCCAAUGUCCUCAGUGAUCUCUACGCCAUGGGUAUCACAGAGUGUGACAACAUGCUGAUGCUGCUGAGUGUCAGCCAGAAGAUGAACGACAAGGACCGUGAGCGGGUGAUGCCACUAAUUAUUCAAGGGUUUCGAGAUGCAGCAGAGGAGGGGGGGACUUCCGUUACAGGUGGCCAGACUGUGAUCAACCCCUGGAUCAUCGUAGGAGGAGUAGCAUCAGUCGUCUGCCAGCCUAAUGAGUUCAUCAUGCCGGAUGGUGCUGUACCAGGCGACGUCUUGGUUCUGACGAAACCUCUGGGGACGCGGGUGGCUGUGAACGCUCACCAAUGGCUCGAUCAGCCUGAAAGGUGGAACAAGAUCAAGCUAGUUGUCACCAAAGAGGAAGUGAAAGAGGCCUAUCAAGAAGCCAUGUUCUCCAUGGCAACGCUAAACCGCACAGCGGCAGGCCUAAUGCACAAAUUCCAGGCCCACGCUGCAACAGACGUGACAGGUUUCGGGUUGUUAGGGCACGCCAACAACCUGGCAGCACAGCAACGAAACGAGGUGGCCUUUGUUAUCCACAAUUUACCAAUCAUAGCCAAGAUGACUGCCAUCAGUAAAGCAUGUGGAAACCUGUUCAACCUGGUUCAGGGCACAUCAGCGGAGACUUCAGGCGGGCUGCUGGUGUGUCUACCCAGAGAACAGGCGGCCAAGUUUUGCUCAGAGAUGAAGAGCCAGAGCUCUGGAGCUGGAGGUCAGGGGGCAGCGGGCGGAGCGUGGAUAAUCGGAAUCGUAGAGAAAGGCGACCGCCGUGCUCGCAUCAUUGACAAGCCCCGCAUAAUCGAGGUUCCGCCACGAGGAAGCCAAGCAGCAAAUCAGGAAAUCAGCUCUACCAGUCCUGCUCCCAGCCCCAAUUUGUCAUAGACACCGCCAUUCCUCUGGCACUGGUCCUGUGUGUGUGCGCGUGUGUGUGCGCGUGUGUGUGCGCGUGCGUGCAAGUGCGUGCUGAUGUUGCUGUCCAUCUCAUCCUCCUUUUAAGUCAAAAUGUUGAGAACACACAGACCAAAAUCGCUGUCAUCUUUUGCAGUGGGAGAAGGAAUGGACAGCAUACACUAUUAUUUAUCCAUCUUGCGAAGGAGCUGCUUAAAAAGGCAUACUUUUCAGCAUUUUGGAAUGAAAUGUAAAUUCGGGGUUAAUAUGAAGUAUUACCCCAACCACCCUUUUUAUUUACAUCUGCACUCCUCGCCUUUCCUUUUUCCCUUCCCUCUUAGUCCAUAUACUUUAUUGACUUUGUAUAAUUUAUCUAAAUGCAAAAAAAAGGUCUUGAGAGAAAACAUUCCACAUCAAGCUUGCCAAUUCAGCGAAAAAUGAAAAUUGAGUGUAAAUCUGUCUGUGUUUGAGUAUUUUAUCAUUUGACUGGGAUGCUUUGCUGUGGGGAAGUGGAGCAGGGAGUUUUCAUGACUUUCAUGAUUUUUUUUUUUUUUUUUUUUUUUUUGAAGUGGAUGAUGUUAAUGUCUCAUGUUGGUGAAUGUAUCGUUUGGUAAAGAGAUGGUUCACCGGCCCUGGCACCUGGCUCUGCCCACACAGCCCAGAGGAAGGCUUGAGCAGCUUCCUUUGGACCAGCUGGGCAGUGCUCAGAAUGUCCGUCUGUCAGCUGAUUGGCUGUCCAGCACCAAGUCCCUCCCACCCUUCCUUUUUAUGAAGCUCUGCCUUUUAAACCCCAGCCAACAGGGGCAGGUGGAGUGGAUGUUUGCCUUUGGAUCGGGGUCGGACUUAGACUGUUGGGGGUCUAAAGCUGUGUUUGUAGGUUUCCUUUUCACAAUCAAUAAAAUCAUCAUCAAAUCCAA